GGGAACGUGUGCAAAAUGGCGACACCCAGUUUGCGCUCUCGGCUGGCGCGGUUUACGAACCCGAACCCCAACAAGCCUCUUAUCCUAGCUAACCGCGUCGGGAACAGACGCCGAGAGAAGGGCGAGGCGACCUGUAUCACGGAGAUGUCGAUGAUGAUGGCUUGCUGGAAGCAGAAUGAAUUCCGCGACGAGGCGUGCAGAAAAGAGAUCCAGGACUUCUUCGAUUGUUCUUCCAGGGCUCAGAAAGCUGGGAAGAUGAGAUCAAUCCAGGAGACUCUGGAACAGUCUGCGAGUUUACCUCCCCACAAAAUGACCAAGUUGUUACAAAGAUUUCCCAACAAAUCUCACCUCAGCUGAAAAUGGAGAGACAUUUUCAAUGAACUGUCAUUUGUGAAUGCUAUACAGAGGCAUGUUAGGGAUAUAUGCAUUUUUGAAGGGUAAAAUGAGACAAAACACUUGCUCUUAUGAAUGAAUCAUGUUCUGGAUGCUGUCUUGAAAUAAAACCCUCUAAAAAAGAAA